CUCUCUAUGAUUCAUUCAAUGUCGUCUUCUCACUGCCUCGUGGGUAGUCCUUAUUACCAUCUUCAUCAGCUCAAAAAUCUCUCUUACAAAGUUUCCUUGAACAGUAACUUCAUCGCCAAUAAGCACUCCAUAACAUGUGCCAGCAGUCGUAGCAGAAGAAGAAGAAGAUGCGACUUAAAAGCGAAAAGCAGCAGUGAUGCAGAAGUCAAGAAUGAUGAACAAGAAAAACAGAAAAGAAGGGUACUUCGGAUACUGAUCGCUGGCGGUGGGGUUGGUGGGCUGGUGCUGGCUCUGGCUGCCAAAAAAAGAGGGUUCGAGGUGAUGGUGUUCGAGAAAGAUUUGAGUGCGGUGAGAGGUGAAGGGAAGCAUCGUGGACCGAUUCAGCUGCUGAGCAGUGCGUUGGGUGUGUUGUCGAGUAUCGAUGAGGGUGUGGCACAGCAAGUGAUGGAUGCUGGUUGUGUCAUUGGGAAUAGGAUCAAUGGCCUUGCUGACGGCCGUUUUGGCAACUGGAUUGCAAAAUUUGAUCUAAUGACCCCAGCAAUUAACAAUGGACUUCCUACGACUGUAAUCAUAAGCAGAAUGGCACUACAAGAAAUCUUAUUGAAUGCAGUUGGAGAUCACAUUGUGCUUAACAAAUCUAAAGUUGUUGAUUUCUCUCAAGACACUCAUAAGGUUGUGGUAACCCUUGAUGAUGGGCAACGAUUUGAAGGUGAUAUCUUAGUUGGAGCAGAUGGAAUUUGGUCAGAGGUGCGUAAGAAAUUAUUUGGAGCGCAAGAAGCAAGUUAUUCAGGCUAUACGUGUUAUAGUGGACUAGUGGACUACACUCCCUCAUACAUAAGCUCUAUCGGGUAUCGGGUAUUUUUGGGACCUGGCCAAUACUUUGUAGCAUGUGAUGUAGGCAAUGAGAAAAUGCAAUGGUAUGCCUUCCAUCACGUGCCCCCGAGAAGUUAUGAUACUAUGGCAGAGCUUACAAGCAAGAAAGUAAAACUUAUGGAACUAUUCGGGUGUUGGUGCAGCGACGUGACGACAUUGAUAGACAAAACAAGAGAAGAAAAUAUUGUACGAAGAGAUAUCUAUGAUAGGGACAUGAUAUACUCAUGGGGGAUAGGACGUGUUACUCUUUUAGGAGACGCCGCUCAUCCGGUUCAGCCCAAUCUAGGGCUCGGUGGUUGCUUGGCAAUAGAGGAUUGUCACCAAUUGAUUCUUGAAAUGGAAAGCAUCACGAAAUGUGAGUCUGAUGCAAUCAAGCUGAAUGAAAUUGUCUUGGUGCUGAAAAGAUACGAGCAAAAAAGAAUGCUAAGAACAAGAAUUGUGCAUGGAGUGACCCGUAUGGCAUCAAAAUUGCUUGGUGAUUAUCAUGCUUUCACCAACUUCAGGAUGAUCUGGCAUAUUUGCUUCCAAGCUUCGGGGUUUGCUUUGAGUUUAGUUUUGCCACAUUUUGUGGCUUGGUUGGUAACCAACCACUGAUUAGUAAAUCAUCAUCAUAUAUUUCUUGCUCUCACUCUCUACAUAUCUUUAUCUCUACUCUGAAUACAUAUAGGUUACGAAAUGAUCCAUUUUAUCAUCUUUAGAAUGUGAAUUAUGAAGUUUUAUGUUCUCUUUUGAUUAUCAUAUUCAAGUCUUCAAGGGUU